AUGCAUACUCAUGAAGACAAAGGCAAGAAUAUUGCAGUACUGAUUUCUGGAGAUAACUAUUCAGAUUCCGAAAAUCAGAAGGAGCUUACAUUGGAAGAUGUUACACCAAAAUUAACAAAAUGGUGGUUUCAGUACCCACAUUUAUUAAAGUUAAACUUGUUUUUGGGAUGUGCUCUAUUUGGCAUGGUUACUCAAGGAUAUGACGGUAGUAUGAUGGGUAAUUUGCAAACACUACCAAGUUGGACGGGAUAUUUUAAUAGUCCAACUGGUGGUACAUUGAGCACUAUGACAAAUGGUAUUUAUUUUGGGGGGCUAGCUGCAACACCAUUCAUGGUGGCGGCAGGUGAUCGUUUCAAAAGAAAACACAUGCUUAUGUUUGGAAUUGUUAUAUCAAUCAUUGGUGCUGGAUUGCAGGCUGGUGCAAUCAACUAUGGUAUGUUUCUCGCAUCUCGUAUUGUUCUAGGUCUUGGUGCUGCAGCUACCCAGAUUGCAGCUGCACCUUUAUUAACAGAAACGGCAUUCCCUAGCCAAAGACCAGCUAUGACAAGUAUGUUGCAAGCGAGCUAUCCUGUUGGUGCAUUUUUGGCAGCCAUUUUAACUUGGGGUCCAUAUAUGUCUGAUAUGAAGUACAACAACUGGUCUUGGAGGUUGCCCUCAUUGUUACAGGCGGUAUUUCCGUUAAUUCAAUUAGUUUUGGUUGUAUUUUGUCCAGAGUCCCCAAGAUGGCUUAUAGCUCACAAUAAAGAAGACGAAGCAUUCGAAGUGUUAACUAAAUAUCACGCAGGUGGAGAUAGAGAUAGUGAGUUCGUUAAAUUUGAAAUGGCUGAAAUCAAAGCGGCAAUUGCUAAGGAACAGUUAGGUAAAAAUGUAUCCUGGCUCACAUGGUUUAAAACGAAAGCAAACAUGCAUAGAUUAUUUAUUACAAUUGCGUUGCCUUCUAUUAUACAAUUGUGUGGUUCUUCACUUGUUUCAUAUUAUUUUUCAAUAGUUCUUGAAGAUAUAGGAUAUACUGAACCAGUUGAAAAGUUGAAAAUUAAUAUUGGAUUAACUGUCUAUGGCGGUGUCUGGGGUGUUUUAUCUGCGAUGUAUUCUGGUAAUAUAAGACGUAGAGUCUUGAUGUUAGGAAGUCUUGGGUUAAUGUGCAUAACCUUUAUCAUUUGGGUUAUAUUGGCAUCUGUAAAUGAGAGAACCAAUUUUGAAAAUAAAUCCUUGGGUAGGGGUAUUGUUGCCAUAAUAUACUUUUUUUUUGGAUUUUAUCAUAUGUUAUCACCUAUUGGAAAUACAUAUGUCAUGGAGGUGGUACCUUAUACAUUAAGAGGAAAGGCUGCUAUUUUGUAUUCAUUAGCUAAUCAAGCAUGGGUUUUAUUUAACAACUACGUUAACAAUCUUGGAAUGGACUCAAUUUCAUGGAGAUACUAUAUUGUAUUUUGUGUUUGGUUGUUUUUGCAUAUGGUUGUCAUAUACUUCCUUUUUCCUGAAACCAAGGGAUUGGGCUUGGAAGAAAUUGCCCAGAUAUUUGGGGAAGAUAUUUCUGAUAUGACAAUGGAAGCUGAUAAUGCAAUUAUUGGAACCGGUGAACAUGAAUUAAAAAGUCAAGUAGAUCAUAAUGAGAAUAUAUCCCUGCAGAAUCCAAAUAUUAAGUAG